AUGACUCAGUGGCCAUUACAACGAAAUAUUUAUACAAUACAACCCCCAGCCAAAAUUUCCGUUCAUAAUCCAACAUUAUCGACUACUACCACAUAUCAAAAUUCUGAUGUUGUACAAGUGCUUAGUAGUAAUUCAACACCAUCUUCUGUAUUAACAAAUCACAAUAUGAAUACGCCACGAUCAUUUCAUUCAUCAGACAAUCAAAAUCAUUUACCUCUCAUCCAUAAUAAUAAUAAUAGUAAUAGCAACAAUACUCAUCAAAAUAUAUCACUAGAUGACAGUCUAACAAAUUUAUCUUGGUUACAUGAUAUGAAUAUUUUAAAACGAACCAUGCCAACAAUACAAACACCUUUGAAAACAACGAAUGAUAAAAAUACGUCUUCUACACAACAAUUAAAACGUAAAGAUCCACCAUUAUCGUCGUCAGCUGUUUAUGCAGAAGAUGAUAAAAGUUUAAUUACCGAUGAAUUAUUAUCGCUGAAUGAUACGACGACAAUGAUUGAUCUAUCGAAUUUACCCGAUUGGCGUACAUAUAGAAAAAAUCCAAAUAUAAAACCACCUUAUUCCUAUUCACAAUUAAUUGUUCUUGCAAUGCAACAUGGAAAUGCGGAUAAAAUGACACUACAAAUGAUCUAUGAAUGGAUAAUUGAAAAUUUUCCCUAUUUUAAAAAAAUUGAGCCAACUUGGCAAAAUUCCAUUCGUCAUAAUCUGUCACUAAAUAAAUGUUUUAUGAAAGUACCUCGUACAAAAAAAGAACCAGGCAAAGGUGGAUUUUGGAAACUUUUACCUGAAUAUGAACAUCGAUUAAUUGAACAAAUGUCUGCAAAUGAAGAUCAACAACAAAUCAUAUCAUCAUUACAAACUCAACAGCCAACACAGAAUUCAACAAUAAAACGUCGACGCCCAAGAUGUUCAAAUUUAGAUGAUAUUCUAUCCGAUAAUGUUACACCAAUAAUCAAAAGUCAAACAAAAUGUACAAAACUUGUUAAAUCUGAAGCAUGGUAUGAUCCUGUUUUACCCUGUAUUAUACCAACAAAAAUUUCUCCAUUACAUUGCAAUACAGUUCCUACCGCUCAACUUCUUCGACAACAAUAUCAUCAACAUUCGUCAAAAGCAUUAUUAACCACAAGUUUAUUAUCGCCAAUAUCAUCACCAGAUUCAGGUAUAUCAUCACCAUUCGCCACAUAUAUUCAGAAACAACAAUCAUUUGAUUCAAACGAUAGUUCAUCAACACAUCAUCAACAACAACAAAAUAGUAAUUUUCCAUCAAUUUUAACUCCGUCACCAUCUACUUCACCUUCAUCCAUGUCAUCAAUAUCAGCCAAUAAUCAACAAAUUAUUGUGAGAAAAACUGAAAAUAAAAUGUGUGAAAAAUCAUUUGAAGAACUAUUGUUGUUAGAAUCAGAUGAUUUAGAUUGGGAUCAAUAUUUGAGAGAAACUGCUACUGACAUGGAUGAUAAUGAAAAUUGUUGUGCCCUCUUAUCGACACAAUCGGCAAAUGAAUUAUUUAGUGACUUUAGUACAACAAUAGCUCAGUUAGAUAUUGAUAUGAAUAGUGGUAAUGGAAGUAUAGGAAAUAAUGUAAUUAAUGUUAAUACUUGUUUAUCGACGAAUGCUUUCGAUAAUUUUGAAUGUUUAAUGCAAACAUCAUCACAUGAUGUAGAAUCAAUAGCCAGUUUGUAUAAUACACAAAAUUUUAAUUUAUUAUUUGAUCAAGAUGAAGAAAUUGGCGGUAAUAAUAAUUCAUUUUCGGAUCUCACAGCAACAACAACAACAGCACCAACAACAUCUUCUAAUGGCAGUAAAACAAUCAAAACACCGAAUUUAACAAUAAAAGGUUGUGGUAUAAAAAGACCAUUAUGGUGGGAUACUACACAAGAGACAACAACGUCAACAACCAAUAAUAGUGGUAAUAUUACGAAAUUACCAUCGCUAGAGACAGCAUUCGAUAUUAAACUACACAAAUAG